AGGAUCUACCAAAACCAGGGAGGUCACUCCUAAUCCGGCAAGGGGCUAUGAGAGGCAGUGUUAGCUUUGAAAGUGCGCAAUGUACAUUGCACAUGUAAAGCAGCCCUUGAUAAGUCAAACAUAUGGAGCGUAGAGUAGGUGGAUUUGGUCGGUGGACAAGCGCAGAAAGGGCACCAGCUCGUGAACUCCCCACCGCGUAUCCUAACUGCGCAGUGUGGCGGGAGCACACGGGCCCGGGUCUGCCGCUGCUGCGCUCGUCUCCCGUGCGGCCCCGAACUCUCCCUCUCGUCCUCGAAUAAUCAGCUCGCCGAUCAGCCCUGGAGGACCGGCCGCGCCACCGCGCCCGCGGCCGCGCCUUCGUCUCCACCAAUAGGGGAGCGGCCGGCCGAGAGGCGACCAAUCAGCGACAGCCGUCUGGGGCCGGCCGGGCGACAGUCAAACGGACCAUCUCCCCACUGGACACUGCGGAACGCACCUGAGCUCGACCGUGGGCAGUGCACCUAUACGCGACCUUCCUCGGGACAUCAUGACGAGUUACGAGGACAAGGGCGAGAAGCCGGCCGGCGGCAAGUUUGUCCACUUUGACCACGUCACCUUCUGGGUGGGCAAUGCUAAACAGGCGGCUUCCUACUACUGCACCCAUCUGGGGUUCGCGCCGCACGCGUACGCCGGCCUGGAGACGGGCAGUCGCGACGUGGCCGCCCACUGCGUUCGCCAGAACGACAUCUACUUCGUGUUCAAGAGCGCGCUGAAGCCGGGCAACAAGGAAAUGGGCGACCACCUGGUGCGACACGGAGACGGCGUCAAAGACGUAGCGUUUACCGUGGAGGACCUGGACGUCAUCGUCGAGCACGCCAAGAAGCGCGGCGCCACCAUUGUCAAGGACAUCUGGGAGGAGAGUGACGCCAGCGGCUCGGUGCGAUUCGCCGUGGUGCAGACGUACGGCGACACGACGCACACGCUGGUGGAGCGCGGCUCGUACUCGGGCCUCUUCCUGCCCGGCUACCAGAAGCCGCUGGCAGCCGAGAGCAAGCUGCUGGCCACGCUGCCGCCGGUGGGGCUGCGCUUCGUCGACCACGUGGUGGGCAACCAGCCCGACCUGCAGAUGACCAACGUGGCCGACUGGUACGAGAAGUCGCUGGCCUUCCACCGGUUCUGGUCUAUCGACGACAAGCAGUUGCACACCGAGUUCUCGGCACUGCGCUCCAUCGUCGUCACCAACUGGGACGAGACCAUCAAGAUGCCCCUCAACGAGCCGGCGCCGGGCAAGAGGAAGUCUCAGAUUCAGGAGUACGUGGACUAUUACGGCGGUGCGGGUGUGCAGCACAUCGCUCUCAACACGACCGACAUCAUCGGCUCGAUCCGAGCGAUGAAGGCGCGCGGCCAGGAGUUCCUCACCAUCCCCGACACCUACUACGAGGAGCUGCGAGAACAGCUCAAACACUCCAAGGUCAAGGUGGAAGAAGACCUGGACGUUCUGCAGGAGCUGAACAUCCUGAUCGACUACGACGAUGACGGCUACCUGCUGCAGAUCUUCACCAAGAUCAUGCAGGACCGACCGACGCUGUUCGUUGAGGCCAUUCAGCGAAACAAUCAUCAGGGUUUCGGAGCCGGUAACUUCAAGGCGCUGUUCGUCGCCAUCGAGAUUGACCAGGCGAGACGGGGCAAUCUGUGAGCGGCGUCUGGACCGGACCAGACCAGCAUCUGAACAGAACCGAACCAAAACGGCCCCUGAACAGGACCAGACUGGAGUUUGACCGGACCUACAUGGGAGUCUCCGCAGUUCUGUGAGAGCGUCCGACAGAGACAGACAGACCAGUGGUCUCCGACCACACUGCAGUGCCAGUCCGCUCCGCUCCGCCGCGACUAACCUCGGUGCCAGGGUACUUGGUAGCGCCUCAGACUCCGUCCAACAUUGACCAGUGUGUAGAUCGGCGCGCAGUACGCGACUGGAUAAUGGUGCCGUCUCAGAUGUGAAGUGUAUGCCGGCGCCUUGCUAAGCAUAAUCGCUUUCUUUCCGAAGGCCGGUGUGCAAUAUUGUGGUUACUGGGCAAUAUUUGGGGAAUACAUGUAUUAACUGCG